AUGAAGGCGAGGAUCAAGGAGAUGGUCUGGACAGAAAUGAUAACGUGGGAAGACGGCCUACAAGUAAAGGUCAUGUUAAAGGAUUCCCUCGCAUGCUACUGGCUUCCUAAAGGAAAAUGGAUUCGAGCCCACGGGGACUACAAGGCGGCGAGCGGCGGUGCUAUUCAGACCAAUACUAUGACGACUUCAACCAACAUCCCUGCUCUUCGCGUGGGCAUCAAGUUCGGUGGAGCUUUCGUGGUCGGCCCAUUUGAGAUGCCGGGAUGUGACAGAGGCCCACCUCGCAACGAAGAGGUUGCCCGUGCUCUGAAGAAUUUCUUGCACAUCUGA